CGCGACUUAGGGGAGACGUCCAUCUUUCUAAUUACAUUCUUAAAAUCUUGAUUAUCCCGCUACAUACUUGUUCAGAAGUUAGCACUCGUGACAGAGGAAAUCGUGUUCCUGAAUUGAUUGAUCUUUCGUCCAGCAUCAACAGCCAUGCCACGACAAGAUAUCGAGUUCAAAACUUCAGACCAUGUCACUCUACGUGGCUGGUUCUACACCCCUGAAGGCCAUGACGGAGUCAAACUACCUGCCAUAGUGCUCGCCCAUGGGUUCAGCGCUCUCAAGGAGUUCGACCUCGAUGCAUUUGCCGAGUAUUUCGUUUCGAAACUGCCCAUUGCCGCUUUGGUCUACGACAAUCGUGGCUUUGGAGACAGUGACCAGAAGGAUGGCGAGCCUCGUCUGGAAAUUGUGCCGGCUCUGCAGAUCUCCGAUUACUCGGAUGCCAUUACAUAUGUCUCGCAGAGACCCGAGGUUGACCCUGACCGUAUUGCUAUUUGGGGCUCAUCCUACAGCGGCGGCCACGUUUUAUAUGUCGGCGCGGUUGAUAGGAGGGUCAAGGCGGUAUUGAGCCAGGCUCCAUUGGUCAGCGGCUGGGAGAAUUUCCAUCGCUUGGUUAGGCCUGAUUUUGAGGUUGGCUUCAAUGCCAUCUUCGCCGCAGACCGGAUUGCAAGAUCACAAGGCAAAGACCCGGGAUUUGUACCUGUGGUCGAUGCCGAUCCCUUGAAGCCAUCUGCUUUGCCGACUCCCGACAGCCAUCAGUUCUUUUCCUCCUGGGAAGCCAAGUCUAAAUGGGAGAACAAGAUCACUGUUAGGACUAUUGAACUCUUCCGAGGUUAUGAGCCACAGCAACUGAUUGAAAGGAUUUCACCCACGCCGUUGCUCAUGACUGUUGCUAGAGACGAUGUCCUCACGCCAGCAGACCUGGCAUUGGCUGCGUAUGCCCGCGCCAGAGAGCCCAAGCAAUUGCAACUGCUACCUGCAGGCCAUUUCGACGCGUACACUGGGUCCUUUUUCGAAAGAAAUGCUGGGACCCAGGCGGAGUUUUUGAGAAAAUGGAUCAUCGACACUGCCUAAUCCGUCCUCGUCAUGGAGACGCAUACAUACCUGAUUGGGGCAAGGACCGAGUAUUUCAGGGCCUCCAAUGGCAAGUUUGCUCGUCUUUCUAUGAAUGCAAGAGGCAUACAUGGAUGAUGCGGGUGGUAUAUGUGCAAUCAGACCACAGGAGGGGGAAAGGCAACAAAAGCCCACUCAAAUCAUGCCAUCGAAGGUUUGGCCGUGGACGCAAACGACGCAUAUGAGGGCGACACAGGCAACGACAGCUUGGGCAGAUCACUGUCAGGGUAGCAUUUGCUGUGAAUGCAAUUGGCUGUCGCUGCUCAGAACCCCCCAUCGUUGUUGCUUCGUAGCCUCGUAGAGAUAAAGAUUUGUUCCAAUUAUUGAGCAACUCAUUGAAACUUUGUUCCUUCCCAG